AUGGACACCUCCAACUUUGGCAACUAUGACGCGCUGUCGGGUCUUGACUACCUCCAGUACCCGCACUCGCCAUUUAAUGUGUCUGCCAUGGGCCUUCCGCCCGCCGGUGGCUCGCCGCGUCUGGGGUUCAACUCGCUUAACCUCUCCAACGGUCUGAACGAGUACACGUACACAUCGAGCCCGUCCUACACGACUGGGUCCCCCGCGCGUCCGUUCACGCCCACCGGCAUCUACCCCGGCGCCCUCUCGAACCUCAGCACCGGCGAUCUGUCCUCCGACAGUGUCGCCUCUGGCCGGAGCCGCCGCGGCAGUGGCACGCACUCGCCUGGUCCUUCUGCCCCACCUGGUUCUUUGGCGGCUGUUCCCCGCUCGCACCGCUUCAACCCACUCGCUGCUCCUGUGACGCGUACAUCUGUGCGCCAGCAGCAGCAGAAGAAGCGGAGCAAGGGCUCCGAGGAGUUUGACAGCGACGACGACGCUGAUUUCAACCCCACGAGUACGUUGGCGAACAACGACAUGCGUCGCGAGGAGAUCCGUCGUCAGCGCAUCGAGUCGGAGCAGCGGAGGCGCGAUGAGCUCCGUGACGGCUAUCGCCGUCUCAAGGACGCUCUGCCGGUGUCUAACCAGAAGUCGAGCAAGGUCUCCCUGCUGGAUCGCGCGACCACACACAUUCGCUACCUCGAGAUGACCCAGCAGCAGUUGCAGACGAGAUUGCAGGCAGCCGAGGCCGAGACCGCCCGUCUCCGACACGUCAACGAGGCGCUCAUGCUCGGCACCGCUGAGCAGCGUCACGCCGCAGCCGCUUCCGCCGUCGCCGCCGCUCAGCAGUCCUCGGCGCCGGUAUACUGA